AUGACGCAGGUGUUUGAGGGAACGGCAAUCCAGCUACUUAUAGACGAAAUCUGGGACAAACAUCCCCGCUUAAAAGACAACGACAGACAAGGUCUACAAGAAGAGGAAGAAAUGUGCUCUGUGGCUCAGAAGGAGAACAGACAAACAGCAAAUAAAAUUUCAGUAACACGAGACUCCUUACCAGGUGCGAUGGCAUCAGCCGAUUUGCAACUAAAACGGGAUCUCGUAAUAAGUAGACCAACUACAAACGUUUGGCAAGAGAGGGAACUGGUUAUAACUACACCACCAGUGGAAAGCAAGAAGGAACUAUUCCCAACUUCAAGACCAAUAGAAGCCAAGAUGAAAUUAGUCACACCUACAACCCCAAUGGAUAGCGAAAUGGACCUAUUUUCAACUACACCGUCUAUCACAACCAAGUGGAAAAUGCGAACUACAACACCAAAAAGUAACAAGUUGGAAUUGGUUAUAAACAGACCGCUAUUAGAAACCAAGAGGGAAUGGAUUCCAGUUACAACACCAAUAGCUACCAAGAAGGAACUGGUCCCAACUUUACCGUCUCUUGAAAUCGCAAGGCAGCUGGCCAGAGCUACAACACCAAUAGGUACUCAGCGGGAACUGGUCCCAACCAUAACAACAAUAAGUACCAGGUGGGAACUGGUCUCAACUACAACUUCAAUAGGUUCUAGUAGAGAACUGGUCCAAGUUAAACCGAUACUGGAAUCAACGAGGCAGUUGGCCACUACUACAACACCAUUAGGUACCAAAAAGGAACUAAUCCCAACUACAACUCCAUUAGAUACCAAAUUGGAAUUGGUCAUAACUAGACCGCCAACAGAGACCAAUAGCGAAUUGUUCUCAACUACAACGCCAAUAGAUAUUAGAAGGCAGCAGUCCUCAACUACCACACCAAUAGAGUUCAGGAGACAGCAGAUCCCAACUACAUCACUAUCAGAAACUCAAGCGGAACACGUCAGAACUACAACACCAAUGGAAGCCAUGAAAAAACUGGUCAGAACUACAACACUUGUGGGAACCACGGAGGAACUGGUCCUUACUACAACACCUUUAGGAACUAAGAAAGACCUUGUAACAACAACACCAUUGAGCCGAAUCACAGAUUCUUUAUCUCCUCUCACAACAACAUUAUUGACGCCUACAAUAUCUAUUCCCGACCUCGCUAAAAAGCCUAAAAAAUUACGCAAAUACCCGAAGUACAGAGUUAAGGCGAGGCGACGUCGUACUACAACAAAGCAACCCUUCCAUAUUACUAAAACAACUUCUGUCGUCGAGCCCAUGCCGGGUAUGCCGUGGUCUGGUGAACAUUUCUUUAAUUAUCGCAUCAAGUUAUAG